AUGACCAUCACCAUGGGAAACAAGACUUAUAUCUGCCAAGACAGAAAAAGAAUAAUAACUUCUUGUGUGUGGCACCACCGUAACCCUCUCAAAGUCCCACAUUCUGUUUUCAUGCUGGAGUUCUCUGUCAUAUCCUCUGCCCCCCUACUCUUUGAAUUCCUUCUCAAGCCUACUAGACAAUCAAAGAUUGUAGCGCAGCAUGCUUUCUCUUCCAAUUCUAAUGAUCAAGACUUUUCCAUCGAAACUCUUGUAUUUAUAGCAGCAGCACAGUAUCUAACAUCCUUUCCAGUAAUCGUCUGCCUACUAACUUAGCUCAAGAUUGUUAACACUAACCUUGGCCGCCAAGCUCUCUCUUCAUCAGUGUUUUGUGACAUGCUUGUCAUUGGCAUGAACGGAAUUGCUUACGCGUCAAAUUUUGUUCAGAAUUCUGAUUUGAUAACAGUGGUAGGGGCAGUUCUUUCACCAGUGGCACUUACAGCUAUUGUUGUGUUCAUCUUCAGGCCAAUAGUCAAUAGUCUUUCAUCAAUCAGCUCAUAUUGUUGUCCAUGCUAUCCGAUAAAUAAUCUCAAACUUUUUAUUUUGACAGGUUCUAAAUGAAGAAGAUAUGCUCUCCCUGUUCUAUCAGAAUCGGCAGUAACCCCAUCGAUCAGACAACUCUAUCAUCCUUCUAGUCAAUACAUUUCAAAAAACAGAAGUACCAUCCAAACUUCCAAGCGUGAUUCAGAGUUCAGAAUUUUGGGCUCCAUUCACAAUCAAGACAACAUUCCUACAAUUGUAAACGUCCUAGAUGUAUCACAUGCCACCAAAAAAAGCCCCAUUGCCGUCACAGCAAUGUUUCUUGUUGAGCUCCAUGGGCGAAACACCCCAGUAAUAUUGUUAAAGAAUGAAAUUACUGAAACAGACACAUCAGCAACCAGACACAUUGUGAAUGCAUUAAGAAUUUAUGAGGAACAUAAUCAAGGCAAUGUUACAGUUCAAUCAUUCACUUCAAUCUCUGAUUUCCAAACAGUGUAUGAUGACAUCUGUCAAAUGGCUCUUGACAAACGUGCCACAAUUGUGAUCAUGACAUUUCAUAAACAAUGGGCUAUUGAUGGUGGUGUUGAGUCUCUAAGCCAUGCCAUCCAAACUCUCAACAUCAAUGUCCUCAAGAAGGCACCAUGUUCAGUUGGAAUUCUUGUUAACAGUGAAAACUUGAGCAGAUCAGUUUCUGUUCUCACCCGUCGAUUGUUAUUACAGGUUGCUGCUCUGUUCCUUGGCGGUCAAGAUGAUAUUGAGUCACUAUCAUAUGUUUUUCGCAUGGCUAGACAUAAAUCUGUUCGCCUUGUGGUCACCAGGUACUUCCUUCAGUUUGGAGCUGAAAACACUAAUGAUAGAAAACGUGACUGUUACUUGAUCAAUGAAUUCAAGCAUUCUAACACGGGAAACAAGCGUUUCGAGUAUGUAGAGGUGGUGAAAGAUGGGGAAACUCUAGCUGCAUCUCUAAGAGGGUUGGUGGAUUGCUUUGAUUUGAUUUUGGUAGAAAGAUACCAUCAAGACUCAGCAAUUCUUUCAGGACUUGAGGAGUGGAGCGAGUGUCCUGAGCUUGGAGUCAUCUGGGAUAUGCUUGCUUCGCCUGAUUUUCUGAGUGCAGCAUCAGUUUUGGUAGUGCAGCAGCAAAAAAUAAGAAGGAAGCUGAUGCAUCCCAAUGUGCAGGCAGGGGUAAAUGAAGUAGAGGCAGUUAUUCAUGAUGUUCCAACUCAAGGAGUACCAAGAUCAGAGAGUAACUGUAGAUUGCCUGUUUCAGUAAAUAGGAAUUAG